UUUAAUCCUACGCAUCAAGACGGCAAAUUAUUUACAACCAGAGAUACUGAGACACAGAGCAUUCGACGACCUCCAGAGCCCAGGCUAAAGCAGCGUAGGGGAUGGCAGAGACCAAAAGAAGCGUGAUUUCUUCUCAAUUUCCAAGGCUUGUAUACUAUCAGGACGAUGAUGAAUCUAGUCUUCAUCUAUACUCUUACGAUGUUGAAAGAUGCAAUAGCAGUGUCAUCAUCAAGAACACACCCAGUGACAUGGCAAACCAUAAAGGAGUGUGUGCUGCUCAUGGAUGGAUGGUUAUGCUGGAUGAAACGCCAAAUGCUGCCUCUUGUUUCUUAUUCAAUCCUAUGUCCAUGAAAAAGAUCACUUUUCCGCCUUGGGAGUCCAUGGAGUGGAGUUGUUGCACUCUCACGCUGCCUCCAUCUCACCCGAACAGCGUCGUCGCCUUCUUCGAUAAAGAUCGCCCCUUUGUUAUGUUCUGUCAUCCCGGUGAAGAGGUUUGGAGAGAGCAAGACUUCAUUGAUGACAUUGUUAUUGAUCAACCAUUCAGUCAAGUUGUGUGUCAUGAAAGACAGAUUUAUUGUCGUGAUUUUCAGGGUGUUGUGUUGACAGAAUUGACACUUUCAGAUGAUCAUAGAUUUGAAAUAAGAAGACAAUUUACAAUGAGGCGUCCAGAUUGGCAUUAUGAAGAUGCGCCACGUUUUCAGCGGGUCUUGGUCGAAUCUCUUGGUGACAUAUUUCUGAUCUAUAUCAUCUUCAUUGGAUUGCUCGGAAAUAAAGUUCGAGAUGUGUGUGUUUUCAAAUUGGACAUGGACAAGGCGGAGUGGAGAAAUGUGAAAAAUCUAGGCGAUCAAAGGGUGUUUUUCCUCGGUGAAUCAAGUUCUAUGUCAUGCUCAACCUGCAUUGGAUCAUCAAGCUCAUCUUCAAUGAGAGAAAAUACAAUCUACUUCAUUGCACCUAAGGAGGAUGGGAUUAGAACCACCCAUGUAUGUGUUUAUGAUAUGAGAGAAAAAACCACCAAAACCUAUGUUGUUUGUCCAAAACUUGUCACCUAUUGUCAAUGGAUCAUAUGAGGGAAACUCAUACACUCGUAUUAUGUCAUACCAAUAAGAAUUUUGACACCAAAUUUCAACUAUUACUUUUCG